AUGCCAGGCCUUUUGAAUAAAGUAACAUCCCCAUUACGUGGUGGUGGUUGUGGAUCUUUGAAAACAUUUCCCAACACAGAAAUAGUGUUAAAGUCUGAUAUUUAAGACAUAGAAAAUUUCAUUUCUAGAUUUGAUUCUUUUGUCUAAACGAUUUCCACUAAAUCAGCUGUUGCAGCUAAUUAAACAGAAGCUUAAGAAAUAAUGAUAGCUAUAUAAUGGUUUAUUUUUUAAGAGGAAAACAUUUAUAAACUCAUUAAGAAUGCCUAAAAAGUCUUGAAAUCAUACAAUUUAAUUAUAAAUGGAAUCCGAAAAUUAUUAGAAAGUUGUUUGAUCUAUGUCAGAACGGAUUCAUUUAUAUGUUUAUUCAUCUUAAAGAUUACAGCAUCUCUAUCUAAGGUGAUAUUUAGUUUUCAUAUAAGUAAUGAUUAGAGAUAAUUGAACUGCGAUGCAAAAUAGAAAUUUUUAGAUAUUUGCGAUGAAUUAAAAUAAUAAAUGGAAAUAGAGAAGAAUGAUUUCAUUCAAAAUUAAUUGGAACUUUACCUUUUCCUAACAAAAACUUCAUUUCAAAUGGCCCCAAAUGAUGAUAAAGAACGGAAUGAUAUUUUAAAAGGUUUUUUAAAUGGCAUUUUUGAAUCCAUAAUUGAUAUGAAACCUAAUGCUGAAUUAUUGAUAUCAUUGUUUCGUGGAGUCUACAUGCUUUACAAUCAGUAUGUGAAUUAAAAAAAUAGAUAAUAAUAUGAAGUUUAUUUUUCAAUAGAUAUGUUGUAAUGGGAAAUCAUAUAUAACUUUAAAAAUGCUGGCUAAAAGAAUUUGGAUGAAAUACUCUUACAAAUAGAGGAAACACAUGAAAAAAUUGUGAAAAAUUCAAGGAAUUGGGAAAACCAUUAUUUGUGGAUUUAAAUGAUUGGAACAAUCUUAUUAUAUAAUCCUCUUAUAAAAAAAAAAAAAUUAAAACAGUUAACGAGCUCUUUCAAUCUCGAAGCAAAACCAAUGUACAUAUGGAAGGAAUAUCUGAACAAAAGAUUUCUAAUUUAAAUAAAUCAUAGCAAUGACUAAGCUUUAAUUUUGCUUUAUUAAUUUACAAAUAAAUAAUUAACUUAAAUUGAUAAAUUAAUACUAGAAGACACUUUCAAAGAAUGGGAAAACUUCAUGGUGCUUAAAGACUUCUUACUGAAGGAAAGAAAUGAUAAUAUCCAUUUUACAUUUGGUUCCUAUCUAAAAUUUUAGUUAGGAAGCAUGGAACCCUAAAAAAAUGGAUAUAUAGAGGCAAUUAGCAAAAUUUAACAAUUUUUUCAUUUCAUUAUUUCAAAUAAAUUACUAGCAUUAAUUCAAGAAAAUGAUGAGAGAUUGGGAGUCAUAGUUAAAAAUUACCAAAAUUUUUACAAAGAAAAUAACUAUUUUAAUGAAACAAUAGAAUAAGCCACAUAUAACUCAUAAUUAAAACGAAUAGUUUUCAACUUUAAAGAAUUUUUCUAAAACACUCUCAAAAUUAUUAAAAUUAUUGGGCAUAGUUAAAGGAAAUAAACUUUUUAGAUAGAAUAACUUAAAUAGAAAAAGAUUGAUGAAUUCAAUUUUUUUUUUAAUCUUAAGUAUAUGAUGAAACUAGUAUAAUAAAUAUUAUCUUAAGCAAUUUAAGAUAUUAAAAAUAAGAGAAAUGAACCUGAUGAAAUCAUAAUUCUUUAAUAAGAGAUUGAAUUGAUUUAGGAAGAAUUUAAACAUAUAAAUCUAAUAGAUAAAUAAUUUUCAUUUUUCCAUUAGUUCAAGUAGAAACUACUUGCAUUACCAAAUGCAACUCAAAACUAGAAAAAAUUUUUGGAAGAAGCUCAAUGUAUGUUAACUCGUAUUCAAGAAAGUGAAAAAUAUGUUUCAGAGAUAGAAAUUUUUUUUCUUCAAAAGGAUAACUUAAUUCAAUACUUUUAAUGGUUAUUGAAUAACCUAAAUUGUAAUUAUGAAGACCAGAUCUAAGAACUACAAAAAUACUGUUAAGAAUUUAUUGAAAACUUUAAGACAAUUCUAAUUUUACAAUAUGAAAUAGAGUCCGUUUCUAAAACUGAAAUAGAGUCUGUUUCUAAAACUGAAAAAUUAAAAGAAAUUAAAUAAAAAUAUUCUAGCAAGCUUUCAUUGAAAUGUAUACAACAAUAAAGAUUGAAAAAUUUAAAGCUUAAAUUAAAAUUAAUUAAUUUCAAAGAAUGUUUUUAAAAGAUUAUAACAAUACCAUUAGAAGAAUUUUAAGAGUUAUAAAAAAUUAUCAAUUUGGAUGAAUUUCUACUUGAUGUAGUUAAGAAUUAUCCAAAACGAAUAAUUUGUUGUGACAGUUAAUUUUAUAAAUAAACUAUUGCAGAAUUAAGUAACUUAGAAAUUACUGAACAAGACUAUUAAAAUAAUUUAAUACAAUAAAAAGGGAUUUUAGAUUAUCUUAUAUUUAAAUUAACUCUAGAAGAAUAAUUAAUUGACAUGGAAAGAAUAGAUUUAGAAUUAAUCGAAAAGGAAUUUGGCGAAUUUUAUAUGGAAGAUACCGAUUCUUUAUCUCUUCCUCAAAGAAUAAUGAAAAUUAUAAAAAGUGUUUCAAUAGACACUAUUACUAUUAACUAUCUUAAUCAAAAUUAAUUGAAUAUUGAAAGAGAAAAGUAUGAGAUAUUACUAUUAUAAUUAAGAAAAAUUAACCUCUAAGAAAAUUGUGAAGUUGUAGAAGAACUUAAAUAACUAAUCAGUCAGAUCUAAAUGAUUGUUAAAAUAUUGAGGGCUUCUGUUAACCAAGACCUAGAAAUUUUCCAAAUGCCAAUCUUUAAAAGAGUUAAAGAAUUAAAACAAAAAUUUGAUAAAUUUAACACAAAAUAUGAUGUAAGAACAAAGAUGAGAAGAAAAUUGUCGAGGACAAAAAUUAUGUCCAAAACAAAAUUAGAACAAAUUUAUCUAUCAUUAUUAGCAUUCUAUAAAUAUUACUUAAGAGAACAAGUUAAGUGAAGCAAAAGUUGAACAAAUUGCUUUAAAAUGUUACAAAUUUUACUCUACAAGAGUGUUACGAUGAAAUGUAUACAAGUUUUUCAAGUUGGUUUUAAAAACUUUUAAACCAAAGGAAAAAGAAUCAAGUUAAGAAUACUUUUCAAGAAUUUAGAACAACAUAUUGUCUUGUGUAAAUUAAUCAGACAACAAUAAUAGUUAAUCAACGAAUAUUGUUGAUUUUCUCUAUAAGCUAAUGGCUGAAACAAAAGAAACUUUAAAAAUUUCUAAGUGGGAAUUCUAGGAAAUUUCAUUUAAUCAAGAUUAUUUAGUUCAAUUAACUAAAAAAGUAUACCUACAAGAAAUCGAUGAGGAAUAUGAAGUCUAAUCAAAUCAAUAGGAUUAAUUCUCUAUAGAAUAAUAAAAAAAUGAUGAAUGGAAAAUUAAAUAGGGUUUAGUAUUAACUAUAAUUUAGAUUUCGUAGAAUAGCUUCACAGAAACAAUUACUCGAUUUUGUUAAAAAACUCUCAUUUAAUUAUGGGUUUUAGAAAAAGACUAAAGAGUUAGAAAUUUAUUGAAAAAU